AUGUCCUCUACUACUACUACUACAUCUACUACUACUACAGAAAACAAUAAUAACAAUCCACUGGAAGGAUUGCCGUCUCCCAUUCUCCUGGGAUCGGCCUCCUUUACCCGCAAAUUGAUUUUGAAAGAAAUGAAUAUUCCCUUUCACAUUGUCGUACGGCCCAUUGACGAAAAGAAUUUGGGAGAUCGGACCCAAGAUCCACCCGCACAUCUCGUCAUGACGUUGGGAAAAGCAAAGGCGGAUCAUCUCGUACAAGAAAUCCAAGCCGGGCGUUGUGACGACGAUUUGCCUCCUAACACGCCAAAAGAAUGGAUUGUAUUGACGGGUGAUCAAGUCGUCACGUGUGACGGGAAAAUAUUGGAAAAACCAGAGAGUGUCGACGAGGCCAAACAAUUUGUAUCGCAGUAUCCCACCCAUCCACCCAGUACGGUAGGAUCCUGUGUCCUCACACAUGUCCCCAGUGGGAUUCAAGUAGCUGGAGUGGAUACGGCUACGGUGCAUUUCAAGAAUACCUUUUCGGGGGAUGCUCUGGUCGAUGAAUUGCUGAAACAAGGGGAACCCAUUCUCAGUUGUGCCGGAGGAUUGAUGGUGGAACAUCCCAGUGUAAAAGCCAAUAUCGAACGAAUUGAUGGAACCGAGGACUCGGUCAUGGGGCUCAGUAAAGAUCUUGUACUACGGUUACUACAGGAAAUGAAGCAAGAACUCCACAAAGCUAAUCUGUUAUAG